AUGGUUGUUGUUCUUAAUAAAGUUGACACAGUUUUACUCAAUUCUAACAAUGAUAAUUUGAUAAUCAAAAGAGAGUCAUCAUUUUCAAUUGUUCGAAUUGGAUUUGAUACCCUUUCAACAACUUGCGUUGAUAAUGGACCUAAUAUUCUUGGAAAUCUGUCUCAUAUAAAUGCGCUACUGAGUCAGGGUGAGAAUUUGAAUUUGGAAAUUUCUGCUACUGGAAGUAAUUUGACUUACCAAUGGCUGAAAAACUUUGAGCCUUUAAAGGGGAUGACUUCACAGGUUUUAAAAAUGAUAAAUUUAAAAUUUAGUGACAGUGGAUCAUAUACUUGUGAAGUAAUUCAAAAUACAAUAAGAGUGUCCAGCAGUAUUGCAAAAAUAACUGUUUUGGAACUAACAAUAAUGUACAGCAUACCUCCCAACCAAAAUUUUUCUGAAAUGUUUGAUAUUGGCAUUUUAACAGGAGUUAUUUUACCCAAAAAGCCUCUCGAUUAUGAAAAAGCAACAUUUCAUAAGUUCAUUGUCCAAGCUAUUUCAGUCGGUGCAAAUGCUGCAGCAAAUGCCAAUAUUCUUGUAAAAGUUCUUGAUGCAAGCAACAACUUUCCUUUUUUUGUAGAUUCUUAUAAAAGCAUAAACAUAGAGGUAAAAGUAAGUGUUAGGAGCAUAGUUUAUAGAGUGUCAGCAGUUGAUAAAGAUUCAAGGAUGAAUGGAGUAAUCGGAUACAAAAUUAAAUCUGGAAACAUUAAUAAUAUCUUUGAUAUUGAUUCUACUACAGGUGACAUACGCAUUAACAACUCAUUGGAUACAAACACUGAACGUUUUACCUUGUAUAUAAUUGCAUUUUACAUUGGCAGACCUUCUAUAGAAAGUAUACCGUUUAUUCUGGACAUUUAUAUCAUAGGCGUGAGUGAGAUUGUUUUAUUAUUUGCAGUAAAAUUAUUUGAUUUUUCCAAUAAACCAUGUGCAGGGUGCAAAGAUAUAAAAUAUUAUGCUCCUGCAUUCCCACCAUCAUCUUUAACUGUAUCAUUAGUCGAUACUUCCAUACCUAAUCAAUCUGUAUAUCAACUGGCAGCUAAUGAUCCUGAUCCAGGUCCUGAUGGUUAUCUUAAAUACAAUAUUGUAAGUGUCAACAACAAUGGGUUAUUUUACAUUGACUUAACAGUCUUGGUUUACUCUCAGUUAGCUCCUACAACAUGGCAUGAAGUUAACACUAAUGUUAACAGCCCAAAACUAAUACGAUAUAUUGCAAUUGAAAAAUUGUUUCCUCAAAAUAGAGUUAGACGCUCAGUUGUUAACACUACUGAUAGUUUUAUGCCCUUUUUAAUUAAGCCUAAGAGUACACCUGCUGAUGCUCCAUUUAAUAGGAUUUUUUUUGGUCAAGUAUUUUAUAUUUAUGUUUACUUGUGCAAUGUUUUAGCUUUAUAG